GCCUCCGAGUGGCGUCAGCACGCCCGCUUGACGGCGUGGGGUUUAAAUGCCCACGCGCCGGAGCCCGGGCGCUUCUGUCCCGGAGCGAGCGCGGUCGGGGCUGCAGCUGCUGGGGCGCGGGCGGGGCGUGCGAGCGGGAGCCCGAGCCGCGGGGCGCGCUGCCCCCGCUCCUUCGCCGAUGACACCGGAGCCGGGGUCCCAGGGCCGCCCAUGCAGCAUCCCUGCGCCCCGCCGACCCCGAGUGGAUGGUAACCCUCUAAGCCGGCUCCGCUGCGGAGAGCCAUGAGCUGUCUGGAUGUUAUGUACCAAGUCUACGGUCCUCACCAGCCUUACUUCGCCACCGCCUACACCCCCUACCACCAGAAACUAGCUUAUUACUCCAAAAUGCAGGAGGCCCAAGAGUGCAACGCCAGCCCAAGUAACAGCAGCGGCAGCGGCAGCUCCUCUUUUUCCAGCCAGACUCCCGCCAGUAUAAAGGAGGAAGAAGGCAGCCCGGAGAAAGAGCGCCCACCAGAGGCGGAGUACAUCAACUCCCGCUGCGUCCUGUUCACCUACUUCCAGGGGGACAUCAGCUCCGUGGUGGACGAACACUUCAGCAGGGCCCUGAGCCAGCCUAGCAGCUACUCGCCAAGCUGUACAAGCAGCAAAGCCCCGAGGAGCUCUGGGCCCUGGCGGGACGGCUCCUACCCGAUGAGCCAGCGCAGCUUCCCCGCCUCCUUCUGGAACAGCGCGUACCAGGCGCCGGUGCCCGCGCCGCUGGGCAGCCCGCUGGCCGCCGCGCACUCGGAGCUGCCCUUCGCCGCCGACCCCUACUCGCCGGCCGCCCUGCACAGCCACCUGCACCAGGGCGCCGCGGAGCCCUGGCACCACGCGCACCCGCACCACGCGCACCCGCACCCGCACCAGGCGCACCCGCACCCGCACCCGCACCCGCACCACCCCUACGCGCUGGGCGGCGCCCUGGGCGCCCAGGCCCCCGCCUACCCGCGGCCCGCGGUGCACGAGGUCUACGCGCCGCACUUCGAUCCGCGCUACGGGCCGCUGCUCAUGCCCGCAGCCUCCGGGCGCCCGGCCCGCCUCGCGCUCGCCCCGGCACCCGCGCCGGGCAGCCCCCCCUGCGAGCUCUCGGCCAAGGGCGAGCCGACCGGCGCCUCGUGGGCCGCGCCCGGGGGCCCCUUCGCUAGCCCCGCAGGAGACGUGGCCCAGGGGCUGGGCCUCAGCGUGGACUCAGGUUUGCAGCCUCGGGACAAAAGCAAGGAUCUGUACUGGUUUUAGACAGCCCACCUUUCCCCAUAGGUCUCUGCCUAGCGCACUUGGUGACACUCAGAGCUGAAUGGAGUGGGUUUGUAACAGCUUCUGAUCUUGGUUUGCAGCUCGACGCUAUUCCCUCUGUGGUGCAUCCCUCCUGAGCUGACCUGCUGACCCAGGGUUCCCCCUUCCCUUUCCCUUCUGACCAGCCAGAAGGCUCAGCAUCUGUGCCUCUCACUUCAAGGAUGAGGACAUGGGGAAAGGCAGAGACUUCGAACUUCUCCCUGUGUCGGGAAAACCAAAUCACACACCUCAGAGAUUUCAUCUAAUAAUAAUUCCUUCUGCCAAAAGAGCAGAUCCAAAGACUCUGAAUUAUGUUUAAUGACUUCUGGGCAAAUCACUGGAAAUAUCUGUGGUGAGAUCACUUCGGUGAUAGGAUAGCAUAAGUUAUCGCGGAAGGAGGGAAAGACAAAAGGACUUUUUGGUGUGAAUAUUUUUUAUGCUGAUGUGAAUUAUUUCAUACGUAGUGUGAUCAGAGCACUACUGACGUCAAUAUCCUCAGAUUUAACAUGUAUUUGUAUUUGCAUUGAAGACUGUGGUAGAGAAGUAAAAAGAAGCCCAUCGUUCUUCCUCAUCUCGGAAGCCUCCAGCUCCCUUCCUGCCCACUCCCCCCAACAGCCCUGACUCCAGGCACAAAGACACACUUUCUUCCUUUGGACUGUGAACAUUGGAGGCCUCAGCCUGCAUAUGAGUGGCAAGUGGAUCAUCUGGAGCCACCUGCCCACGUCUUACUGAAAUGCAGCUGUUGUAGGACAACUGUUUAAAACUCCAGAAAUACAUCGACCAAGGUGGCACUUCCCAGUGUUUGGCACAACAAUUGCAAUUGCACUGGAUAUAUUUUAUAUGUGUGUGUGUGUGUGUGUAUAUAUCGUAUUUUUUACAAGGAACAUUUUACGAUGAAAGAAGAAACCCUUCUCUGCCUUCUCUCCCACAAAUUCUGUCCCUCGCCUUCCUCCCCUGGAUGAAAACAAAGCAUCAAGAGACCCCAACUGUCUCCAUGAAGAAGUAGGAGUCACCGCAAGGGGAAGGAAUGUUCCAUGGAGUCUCCAAUACCUCGAAUAUUUUUCUCGGUCUCUGUGGUCAUGACUUGGUCACUUCAUUGUUGGGACAGGGGAAGGGGUCUGUGCAUUGGGCAAAGCUGAGGGUGAUGAGGAAGAAGAAACAAACAUUAAAGGUAUCUGUUUACUA